AUGUCGUUGAAGCUUAGAACCUGCAAUUGGAGCCCUCGUGGUACUCGUCGUAGAGGCGUGGCGGGUUUCGCAACAAGACAUGCCCUUCGUUUUCUGGCUAUCGCUGCCAUUUUCACAACAUAUCACUGCCUCGACCUACAUGUCCGCUAUAGGAACUCUGUACGAGACAAGUAUUCUUCUACGCAGUUCACUAUCCUCUCAGACUACGAUGAAGCAGUCCUUGGCAGCUCAGGAUGGGAACCCGACUCCCACUCCUCAAAUCCUGACAGGAUGGCCAUGCUGGAGGACAGACCAAGCUGGAAGAGGUUAGGAGGAGGCCGAGAAGGAGAGGCAUUCAUUUACAACAACUCAGUCAUCAAGGUCUACAACGAAGAGAGCAGCCCGUUUCGCAACUGCAUGCCUGAUACCGACGAUGGUACGAGGAGAUGGCCGACAGAGAUCCCGGUCAGUCUCAUCAUGGGAGGCCACCAGGACGCUUCGACCCCGCCAAACGACGACGUGUACAGCGACAUGUUUGUCCCAGUCCAGGACUACUUUCUCGCCACCACGAAUCCCUCGCAGCCCCCGAAAUGGCACUUGGUCACGCCUUUCCUCAAGGCCGGCACGCUCUUCAAGCUCGCAAAGAGGCUGCGAACGUCGGAGAACCCGCCUACAUACCACGAAGUUGACAUGAUGUUCCGGCCAUCCUUCGAAUCUCUCCUCUCUGCCCUGGACUAUCUCCACCUGGCGCACAACCUCUGCCACGACGACAUCAAGAUGGACAAUAUCUUCGUCGGGUCAGAGACCGACCCCAGACGCUGGAAGUUGGGCGACCUGGGAAACGCUCGUGAACCGGAACACCCGUAUCACUUCACCCCGCUCUGGACCGCCGACACCCCGCAGCUGCGCGACUGCCGCGCCAACGACGCACUUCGUCUCACCAAGUCCUACCUGGAGUUCAUCCGCAUUGCCAGCGGGAACCCGGGUGAUUUCGACGUGGCGUUCUUCCAAGGAGUCGAGCCCGCGAGCAGGUUCUACUGGACCAUCGCCGGCUCCAAGUCUCCCGUCUCGGCGGCCACGGUGCGGGAGCUCUCGCAAGGCUAUCCUCCCAUGUCAGAGGGGGAUGAUAUGUUCUGGGCAGCGUUGGGACGCGUCGAGGUGAAGAACGCCGGAGGCUUGAACGGUGUUACGAAAGCCUUCUUCGGCUGGAGCGUGCCUCUAGGCGUAGCUGUGAUCAGAGAGCUGAGAGUUGGCGCGAAGGAACUGAUGGGCCAAAUCUUCGGACUCACGGGCAUCUUGGGAGUUCCAAUCGCUGCGUGUCCUGGGAAAUGA